AAAUAAUGCUUCUGUUAAUCAAUCAAGUCAUCGACGGAUAUGUUAAUUCGACUCAAGAUCAGGUGUUCCAUAUGUACAAGAUAACCGGCCAACAAAUGAUGUUCUUUAUGAACAUCUUCACAACACUUCUCCUUUUCGCGUGGCUGUCGAUGCCAUGGUCUCAGGAAUUAGGCCUGGCGAUCGCUUUCUGCCAGAGGCACCCUGCCGUUCUAAAGGACAUUCUCUUGUUCGUAUCGUUUGGUGCAUUGGGACAGUGCUUUAUAUUCUUCACUCUUGAGAAUUUUGAAUCUUUGGUUCUAGUUACUAUCACGGUGACCAGGAAAUUGUUUACUAUGCUUCUGUCCGUAUUCUUGUUUGAUCACCAUCUGAGUCGUAAUCAAUGGUUCGCCGUUGGGUUGGUCUUUACUGGUAUAGGUUUGGAAGCGUAUGUUAAACAGGCUGAGAAGACAAAAAUGGCAGAUCGCGUGAAAGGUAGAAAUAUGUUGAAUCACAGCACAAACGACGUUGGUUUAAAUGGCUAUAAAAACAUUGAAUCAACCGAUCGCAGGAAAUCAUGA